AUUAUUUUAAGCAGUGUAUUGCUCGAUGGCGUUACCAUUCAUUUCUCAGUAGAGUCCAAUUGGAACGCGCUCCUAAAAGUGUAUAAAUAAUGGCUGGUACAUACAGGAAUUAUAUGAAAUUAUUAGAAGCUUGGCCAUUGGAUAGAUCAAAACCGGGCAGAGAUUUAAGUCAGCACAUUCGUGAUCAAGUAAAGAUUGCAUUUGCCAAAGGCGAAACCAGUAGUCAAUUAAAUCGUGAGGUAUGUGAUCGUUACUACAUGUCCUUAAAAAGAAUUACAUCCAAUCAUUAUGGACAAAUGUAUGUUCGUAGUCGUAUAGACAGUGCUAGUGGGCUAUCAAGAGAACAAUGUAAUUUAGCACUCGCGCCAGAACUGCAAGAAUAUUUCAAGGAAGAUAACGGGAUUUUUUCACGAACAUAUUCAAAAAUUGUAAAUUAUUACAAUGCUAAAGGCGUUAGCACAUAG